AAAUGAUAUCCGUUGCACUACUGCUAGUACUUGAUUCUUAAGAAAAUUAAGAAGAGAACACUAGAUAGUAGAGAUAUCUGACGCAGAUCUCGAGAAUUGGGUAGGUAGUACAGUUUUUUUUGUCAAGUCACACAAUUUAAUUGUGGAGAAGUGGAGUGUCCGGGGUUCGAACCCCGGCUCCUGCAUAUAAUAUGCAAUAUCCCUACCAACUGAGCUAUACUCACGGGGAUCAGGUAGGUAGUACAGUAAAUGGAUGCGAAGAAGAGUAAUAUAAUAGGGUUUUCUGAAAGAUGAAGAGAUUGGAGUUGAAGUAGCAAAAAUACAGCAUCCUUAACCAACCCACUCAAAAAUUCAAGUUUUCUUACAUCAGAAAUGUCAUCAAUUGCGGAUAACGACGACGAUGAUAGGAUCAGCAAUUUACCGGAGACUCUCAUCUGUCAUAUUCUCUCUUUUCUCCCUACCAAACAAGCUGUUGCCACUAGUGUCCUUGCAAAGAGGUGGAUACAUCUAUGGUGCUCAGUUCUCGCUAUCAACUUCAGCAACACAGAGCUAUAUCACCAAGAAGCCUGUUUUCGCUUCAGCGAGUCUGUGUAUUCUGUUUUGCUUUCACGUAAUUCCAUCAAAAGUUUUUGCCUUGGCAUUACAUAUGGUGAGGAGGGCAUCAUUGGCUUUCCCCAUGUCGUCAAAUGGGUCAACCAUGUUGUACAAAGCGGAGUUGAGACCAUUGAUCUCCUUGUGGAUACUAUGUUUGGUGGUGGUCCUAAAUUGCCUAUUAGCAUUCUCAGCUGCAAGACUCUUGUUGUUCUCAAAUUUCAGCGUUUCUCUGUGAAGGGCUUUACUUCCAUUAGACUUCCCUGCCUCAAAAUCCUUCAUCUCAGCGAAUCUGGGUUUUUUAAUAUUCAAGAUUUCAUGUUGCUUUUGACUGGAUGUCCAAUUCUUGAAGAAUUACAAGCACAUCAUAUAGGUUUCAGAUCUGAGGAUUCUAUUACAUAUCAAGAGCGUAAUAGCUCAAGCUUAAGUUUAAGCAAGUUGACCAGAGCAAAUAUGGUUUGCUUUUAUUGUGAUUUUCCGUUGAAGGCACUCUGUAAUGUGGAGUUUCUCUGCAUACAAAUAGACGAGAUGUAUCGCCCUCAUGACGAGAUUCCCAUCUUUCAUAAUUUGGCCCACUUGAAGCUUCUCUCUCUCAACUAUAACUGGAAGCUGUUAGUACAUGUGUUGUGUCACUGCCCAAAGCUUCAAAAACUUGACCUUAGUGAGGCCACCGAAGAUUGUAUGAUACCUGAUGUCCAGGAAAAUUGGGUUGACCCAGAGUUUGUUCCACACUGCAUUUCAUUAAACCUUAGAACUUGUACUCUUUUGAGGUUCAAAGGCCUGCAUGGUGAGCUUCUGAUGGCAAAAUAUAUUUUGAAGAAUGCAAGAGUUUUGCAAACCAUGACAAUCACUGGACCUUCGCCUUGUGAUUAUCUUCUUCCUCCCGGGCCCAUGCUACAUGUCGAUUUUCAGUAUAUUGAAAGAGAAUUAUCCUCGUUCCCAAGGGCCUCUGCUACAUGUCAACUUUCAAUUGAGAAUGUCAACUAUGAGUUUCUCGAGAAUAGGUCACUAUUGCCCAUUCAUACAAUCCCUGCAAUUGCUUUGCAGUUUAUGUGGAUAUUGUACGAUGAACGGAACACUUUCUCAGAAUCCUUAAUUAAAGAGGAAGAAUUUCAAGUUUUGAUACACAUGUCAGCAAGAACAAGGAAUUAUGAUGUCAUCAGCAGUUUACCAGAUGCCGAUCUCAGCCAUAUUCUCUCUUUUCUCCCAACCAAACAGGUUGUUGCCACUAGCGUCCUAUCCAAGAGAUGGAAGCAUCAAUGGCGCUCAGUUUUCGAUAUCAACUUAACCAACAGCAUAUGCAAAGAAUAUGGAGAGUAUUGCGAGGAAAUAACAUUGAAUACUCAAUAUGCCCUUGAUAGCUUUAACGAGUUUGUGUACUCCAUUCUGCUCAAGCUAGAUUCCAUCAAGAGUUUUCACCUCAAGGUUGGAUAUGGUAGUUCUUCUCUUGGAUCCCGUGGCUUUCCCAGUGUGGUCAAAUGGGUUGAUCAUGUUGUACACCAUGGUGUUGAGAGCCUUCGUCUCUUUCCUUUCACUUACAGUGAUAUGAAAUUGCCCGUUAGCAUUUUGAACUGCAAAACCCUUGUUGUGCUCGACUUGUUUUCAUUUAAUGCGAAGGAUUUUUCUUCUGUUAGACUCCCCUCCCUCAAAAUCCUUCGCUUAGAACUUUGUUCAUUUCUAAAUGAUCGAGAUUUAGUGUUGCUUCUGGCUGGAUGUCCAAUUCUUGAAGAUUUGCAUACAGAACAUUUAAAGUUCUCGCUUAAGGACUCUUUUACCCAUCAAGAGGGUGAAACCUUAAGCUUAAGCAAGUUGACUAAAGCAGAAAUGCCUUACACUUAUUGUCAUUUUCCGUUGAAAGCACUUCAUAAUGUGGAGAAACUGCACAUAGAACUAAAUAAGAUGUAUCGAAGUUUUGAUGAGAUUCCUACCUUUCAUAAUCUGACCAAGUUGAAACUUCACUCUAUCAACUCUAAUUGGAAUUUGUUGGUGCAAGUGCUCAAUCAUUGCCCUAAGCUUGAAAACCUUGAGCUAGAUGAGGGCUCGACUAUUGAUAGAAGACUACAUGUCCAGAAAAAUUGGAAGGACCCAAAAUUUGUUCCGCAAUGCCUUUCACUACACCUCAAAACUUGCAUAUUUCAGAAUUUCAUAGGCCAACAGGGUGAGCUUAUGUCAACAAUAUAUAUUCUGAAGAAUGCAAGAGUUUUGCAAACAAUGUCAAUCUGUGGUGUUAAAGCUCUCGAAGUUGAAAGAGAAUUAUCCUUAUGCCCAAGGGUCUCUCCUAUAUGUGAAGUUAUACUAAAUGCAUAUAGGUUCUCCCCAGACAGUUCACUUUAAUUUGCUUUUAUGAUGCAGCUGCUAGGUUUGUUGGUUUGUAAUGUGAAACCUUGAUUGUCAUGAAAUUUGUGUUGGUGCACAAGUGAAGGAAAAAUUAUCCCGUAAACUUGUAGACAUUUUUUUUAUAAACUUGUUUGUUACCGAAAUUAAGUCUACAACUUUCCAUUUUUUGGUUUAU